UUUACAUCUGCCGACUGUCACUGUACGUUUUAAACAAGACAAAGAUAACGAGGCUUAGUAAGGAACAGAAUGGCAGAAACUUUGAAAGGAAAAGUUGCACUAGUGACUGGCUCUACUACUGGUAUUGGGAAAGGGAUAGCCCAUUGUUUGGCUAGCAAAGGCUGUUCAGUGGUUCUCACGGGAUUGAUAGAGGAGUCAAAGAUUGAGGACUUUCUGCAGGAGUUUACUUCAAAAUACAACGGUGAAUUUAAAUUUAUCCCUGGAGAUUUCCUUGAAACAACAAAAACUGAACAGUUUGCUAAAGAUGUACUUGAUGCUUAUCCUGAUGGUGUUGAUAUACUAGUCAACAAUGCAGGCUUGCCAGGGCGGGGCCUUUUAGAAAGUUUUCCUACAGAGGUAUGGCUUGACACAUUAGCUGUCAAUCUUACAGCUCCUUUUAUUUUGACCCGAGCAUUUUUUCCAAGCAUGAAGAAGAAAGGAUGGGGAAGAGUUAUCAAUAUGGCAUCUCAAAUGGGGCUGAUAGCUGACCCUGGCAAAUCUGCAUAUUGUGCCUCAAAAGCUGGACUUAUUGGUUUCUCCAGGGUUGUUGCCAUUGAAGGAGCACGCUUUGGUGUCACCUGUAAUGCAGUCUGCCCAGGAUAUGUAGAUGCACCAAUGGGAUUAAGUCAAGUUGAAAAGCUGGCAUCAGAAACUGGUAUGACUGUUGAGGAAAGCAAAGCUGAGUUUGCAGAUAAACGUACACCCAUGGGUAGACUGAUUCCUAUAUCCGAAGUAGCUGAACUCAUUGCAUUUCUAUGCUCCGAUUCAGCAUCUUCGAUCAGUGGGACACCCAUACCAAUAGAUGCUGCAAAUAUGGCCAGAUAAGAACAGUACAGUCACAAGUGUAAGAAAUAAUAUAACUGGAGUCACAAGUUAAACAGUUUUGAAUGUAAUUUUCAGAUUUAUUUUUUAAAUGUAUGAAUAUAUUCAAAACAUUAGAACACAUUCAAUUUAAAAAAAAAACUACAAUUUUUAUGUUUACUGAUGGUUGUGACUUAAAAAAAAACGUUUUGAUUUUGAUGUGCAUUUUUUCUUGCAUUCAAUGCCAAAAUAUUUCAUUAUAAAACGUAUUUAAAUUAAAUUGUUAAAAUGAAUAAGAAUAAAAGUGUGUGUAAAUGAAGUGAUAAAUCAAAAUAUCUGUAAAAAUCCUUUUUGUGGUUUGUAAAAACUAUUUAAUGUGAAGUUUUUUUUACAGUGUACAUGAUCUAAAUAUUGCAGAUCUAAAUAUUGCAAUAAUAAUAAGAUUAUCCCCUCAUUAUAACAGAUUCUUUUUUUUUCACCCUCUCAAGCAACACUUUACUACAUUGCUAUUUCUCUUUAGUGCUUUAUCUCACAGCAAAAUGUUUUAGCAGAUAAGGAGCUUGUACAUUUAUGAUCAAUAGGUCUAUACAAUCUUCUCAAAUAUUUAUAAUAUGAACAAUACAAUAAUCUGUCAAACAAACAUAUUUUAUUUUAUUUAUUUCUGUUCAUGACCAAUAAGCUCUCUCUUUGUGUUACGAUUAUUAUUAUAGA